AUGAGGGACACCUGUUGUGCAUUACGAGGUGUUGGUCUACGAGUGUUGGUGUACGAGUAUGUGCGCAACGGCCCUCUCAGCGACCAUCUCUACGCCAAGUUCCAAGGGCACUUGCUGACCUUCGAGGAGCGACUAGAUGCGGCACUGGGGCUGGCGGAGGGGCUCAGAUACCUGCACUGCCAUGCGGAGAAGCCCGUAGUGCAUCGAGAUAUCAAGCCCUGCAACGUGCUGCUCACAGAGGACUACCAGGUGGGUGGAAUGCGGUAA